AAAUCUUACACGUCUUUAAGCCAGAUUUAAAGUGAGCACAGAGACACUUUCCUCCAAACAGCUGGACGUGAAAACAUUAGAACUGAAGGUCAAACAUGCGAGUGAAGAAACGAUAAACAAAACCCAUUUUUGAGCAGAGGGGGACUUUUUAAAAGAUACAGAGUUGUAGGUUUUAAUUGUUAAGAGUAUGUGUCGGAUGACGACGAAGGUCUUGAGUUAAAUUAUUAGUAUAAUUAUUUUCUGUGAAGAGACAGUUUGAUGUGAUAACGGCUCAGGAGGAGGGAGGGUCGUGAAGGACGGGUAACACAGCAGAGGAGGGACAAGCCCACAGCAGCUUACCCAAACUUACAUUACAUCUGGGUUGUGACUAUCAUAUGAUGCUUUCUCUUCUGUUGCAUUCUUCAUGGCAUUCUGCCGGCUUCAGUGAUCUCAUGGAAUGCACAUGGGAUUUUUUUUUGAGAAAACAUUUGCACUCGACCGCUCUCUUACCCAGACUGGAGUUCAACGUGGGACCAUUUGAAUAAAUGUUGUGGAUUCUAUGAAAUGUUCCUCGUGGGAUUUGGGAUGUGAUGCAAGGUGUCUUCCCUUGACUGGAUUGAUGCCGUACUAAAAGGUGAAGGAAAAUGCGGAUACCAUCGUUAAUCUGGAUUCUGCACUUCAUGAAUCUUACAAAAGGCCAAGAUAACACAAGACGUAGCUCCUCUGAGAGCAGAGUCUGUCCUGCAGGUUGUGCGACAUGCUCGGUCCUGAAUGGCUGUCUGGCCUGCAAACCUCGCCUCUUCUUCCACCUGGAGCUGGACGGGAUGCGGCAGAGGGGCGCCUGUCUGUCCUCCUGUCCCCGGGGUCACUAUGGCAGGCGCUCUCCACACAUCAGCAUCUGCACCAGGUGCAAAGAGGACUGCGCUUCCUGUUUCAGUGAACAUUUCUGCACAUAUUGUCACUCGGGUCACUUCCUGUUCGGGGGGAAAUGUGAAAACAGCUGUCCAAAUGGGCUGACGGCAAACGCAGUACUGCGAGAAUGCACAGAGUGCUCUACAGGCUGUGAGGUGUGUGUGAGGAGGAACAUGUGUGUGAGGUGUCGAGCAGAGCUGUACUUUCUCCACGGCCAGUGCCAUCUCACCUGCCCACGGGAAUUUGAGCCUGAUGUGCAGCUUAUGCAAUGCAUCCCCCAAGUGCACUGUGAGAUGGGGGGAUGGACUGGAUGGGGUCCAUGUGUUCGGAAAAGCAGCAUGCGGGCUUACAGGAGGGGACAGGAGACGCGUAACCGACAAGUUCUGCGGUCCCCGAGUGUCUCCGGUGACCCGUGCCCACAUGUGUCAGAGAUCAGGAAGUGUGCCAUCAAAAAGAGACCAAAGAGUCCAAGUCGGUUGUAAUAAGUUGAAAGAGAACCUGUUCUAAACCAUUUGUUGAUUGUUGCAGAGAUAUUCAACUUGUUAUUGCACAUUUUACAUUGGCUGGUUAAAUUAUUGUAAAUUGUAAAGAUGUAUUCGUCUUAAAUAAAAUAAAAAAUGUUUUAUGCAA